CAUGAGUUUGUUUCCCUCUAGAUUAAGCUCUGGCAAGGGGGAGGAGGAAGACCUUGAAGUCAGUGUUGAAAUGACCCUGCAAGAUGAAAUCCAGCGGGUGACAAACAUCAAAACAUCUGCCAAAAUCAAAUCCUUUGACCUGAUCCUCUCACCUCAAGGGGAGUUAAAGGCUGUCUUCCUGCUGCAGAACAACUUGGUGGAAUUAUAUUCACUGAACCCAUCAGCGCCUGCACCUCAGCCUGUGAGGACGAGCAGGGUCACCCUCGGGGGCCAUCGCAGUGACGUGCGGACUUUGUCCUUCAGCUCGGACAAUAUCGCUGUCCUUUCCGCGGCAGCCGACUCCAUUAAGAUUUGGAACAGGUCUACACUGCAGUGUAUCCGCACAAUGACCUGCGAAUAUGCGCUUUGCUCAUUCUUUGUACCUGGUGAUAGGCAGGUGGUCAUUGGAACAAAGACAGGACGGCUGCAGCUGUAUGACUUGGCCUCGGGGACGCUGCUGGAGACCGUGGAUGCCCAUGACGGCGCUCUGUGGUCCAUGUCUCUCUCUCCAGACCAGCGUGGCUUUGUGACAGGUGGUGCAGAUAAGUCUGUCAAGUUCUGGGACUUUGAGUUGGUGAAAGAUGAAAAUAGUACCCAGAAGAGGCUUUCUGUGAAGCAAACCCGAACCCUGCAGCUGGAUGAAGAAGUUCUGAGUGUCAGGUACUCACCCCAUCAGAACCUGUUGGCUGUGUCUUUGCUGGACUGCACUGUGAAGAUUUUCUAUGUCGACACCUUAAAGUUUUUUCUCUCACUGUAUGGACACAAACUGCCUGUUAUAUGCAUGGACAUCUCUUAUGACGGAGCACUGAUAGCAACCGGCUCUGCCGACAGGAAUGUGAAAAUCUGGGGUUUGGACUUCGGGGACUGCCACAAGUCUCUCUUUGCACACGAUGACAGUGUGAUGUACCUACAGUUUGUCCCCAAGUCUCACCUCUUCUUCACCGCCGGGAAAGACCGGAAGAUCAAGCAGUGGGACGCGGACAACUUUGAGCACAUACAGACUCUGGAGGGGCACCACCAGGAGAUAUGGUGCUUGGCUGUAAGCCCCAAUGGAGACUAUGUCGUGUCAUCGUCCCAUGACAAAUCUCUGAGACUUUGGGAGAGAACAAGGGAGCCUCUUAUUCUUGAGGAGGAGAGGGAAAUGCAAAGGGAAGCAGAAUAUGAGGAGAGUGUGGCCAAAGAAGACCAGCCAGCAGUUCCAGGGGAGACUCAAGGAGAAAAUUACUUUACUGGAAAGAAAACUAUUGAAACAGUCAAAGCAGCUGAGAGGAUCAUGGAGGCUGUUGAACUAUACCGAGAAGAAACUGCAAAAAUGAAAGAACACAAAGCCAUUUGUAAAGCUGCAGGGAAAGAGGUUCCUCUCCCUACCAACCCCAUCCUGAUGGCUUACGGCAAUAUCUCUCCUUCAGCUUACGUGUUGGAGAUUUUUAAAGGAAUCAAGUCAAGUGAGCUGGAAGAGUCGCUGCUGGUGCUGCCUUUCUCCUACGUCCCUGACAUCCUGAGACUCUUCAAUGAGUUCAUCCAGCUGGGCUCUGACGUGGAACUUCUGUGUAGGUGCCUCUUCUUCCUCCUCAGGAUUCACUUUGGGCAGAUCACUAGCAACCAAAUGCUUGUGCCAGUGAUUGAAAAAUUAAAGGAAACAACUAUUUCAAAAGUCAGCCAAGUCCGGGAUGUUAUCGGCUUCAACCUGGCGGGUCUUAACUAUCUCAAGAGGGAGUGCGAGGCAAAAAGUGAAGUUAUGUUUUUCGCUGAUGCGACCAGCCACUUGGAAGAGAAGAAGAGGAAGAGGAAAAAGAGGGAGAAGCUGAUUUUAACACUGACCUAGAACUGAAAUGUGGUGCUUUUUCUACUUUUAAAAAGGACUUCUGAACUAAGCAGCAUUAGAGGCCAAGUCUGCUUACCAGGAGCCAAGUAAGAGCUUACCGUCUGCGGAGGAUCCCAGGAUGUGGCCCUGCUUUGCCUGUGGGCUCCAUUGCUUGGACUUGACCAAUGAGUCAUUUAAAAUCUUUUCUGUGCCUCGAAGGUUGGGCCUUUCAGGAGUUGGUCCCCUUAUAAUCUAGCAGAAGGCAAAGAAAUUUUUUAACUAGGUGUGUGUUUCCCUAGAGUUAACAUUUCAAGAGUAUCUUAUUUCUGCCCUGGCAGAUUUGUGACCCUGCGUUCUCCGGCUGAGACAGGUGCACAGUUGAAUGUCCUCUGCCCACAAAUGCAGGGUCAUGGAGAGCUGAAAGGACCAUGGAAAUGACCUAGAGCGGCCUCCUUAAACUAACUCUUACAGAUUAUUUCUGUAUAUAGAAAUAUCCUACUUGUGAACUGCUUAUCCUUCUCUUAAUAAAUUAGUUGUUUCUAACUAAAGUGCAGUCGAGCUGAGACUCCUGGCUGGCUUCUGGGUGAUUAGUGCCCUGUAUGUAUAAUGUGUGUCUACAUGGCAGGGAGUUGGGACUGUUUUAGGAAAAGAAAUUGACAAGUGGCCUUUCAUCAGAGCUUUGACCUGGUUGAACUUUUGAGUCACAGAAGUAGAUUUUACACUUCUUUUUGGGGGAAUGGGGAUUUCUCAUUGCCCUUAUUACUGACAGUUGGACUUAAACAGAUGCCUUAUGGAGCCUGCUUAGGCAGGUGACUACAGGAAGAUCGCGACUGCUGCCAGCGGGUGCUGACGUCAUGGGAGGCUGGGAUGGGUGUGGGUCUGUUUCUAGUGAGAGAAUUCUGAUUUCCCCUGGAGUGUGUACAUAACAGUGUUGGUCAUCUUAUCUGUUCAACUUUGCAUUUUUAUUCAAAUUUUAUCUCUUCGAGAAACACUGUCAUUUACGUGGCACUGUCCUUGCUGUACUCUAAUAUGUACAUGUCUAAAUAAGUUGUGUCAUUUACAUGUUUCAUCUUUAAAAAAAAAAAAUCAGAGAGGUUAUAUUUAUAUUUAUCUUCCCAGGGCUGGAAAGCAUGGGAAUUGCCCAGUUUUCUAACUUUCUACUAAAGGAAUAUGUCUAAGUAGAAAGUUCAUAACUACUUACAAAUAUAUUGUGUGUGUAUAUAUGUAUAGUGUGUAAGAGCUGCAUACUUAUUUUUAUAUCAGAAUGUUUUAUGAUGUAAUACUAAAUUAUAGGCAGAGGCCUUCCCCUGCAUUUGAAGAGCAGGUUUCCAUUUAUAUGUAUUUUGGAGGGAUAAAAAAUAAUGAAAUUUAUAAAAAUAGCGCCAUAAA